AUGGAUUCAGUGGUGAAGAAGUUUGGAUUGUUGUCAAUGAAGUGGACGUCGAGAGCGCUUCCGCUGACCAACAAGUCGUUUGUAGUGAUUGUACUGAUCCUUGUGUUCAUGUCUUUCCUAUUGAUGGCAUAUCUGUGUCCGGAAGGCAUAUGUCCUCAGAGUUUGCGGUCAAUACCCGACCAUCACUUCGACGGCCGCUCUCUCGACACUGCCUUCAAAGACAAUUUGGGAAAACCAUUGUCUCAAUCAUCGCAUCCUCUCUAUCACUAUAAGCUCUCUUUCGAUGAUAUGAUUAAUGUAAAUGAGUUUGUCUUUGAUAUCAAAGGCAAUGAUGUCAUUGUCUUCCUUCACAUCCAGAAGACAGGCGGAACUACUUUCGGUCGACAUUUGGUCCGGGAUUUGGAUUUAGAAAAGCCGUGUCUUUGCAAAAAGGGUCGGAAGAAGUGUAAAUGCAUUCGUCCCGACUCUGAGGCCAAACUGUGGCUCUUUUCCCGAUACUCGACCGGUUGGAAGUGUGGUCUUCACGCGGACUUCACUGAACUGAUGGGUUGUGUGGACAACGCUUUGGAUGAAAGCGAAAGACAGCGAACAAAACGGCGAUAUUUUUAUAUAACUUUAUUACGGGAACCGAUCUCUCGAUUCCUGUCUGAGUACAGACACGUGCAAAGGGGCGCCACUUGGAAGACAUCGCGCCAUAUGUGCGGCGGACGAGUGCCCACUAAAGACGAGUUGCCCUCUUGUUAUGCGGGAACCGAUUGGCGAGACGUGACUAUCGAAGAGUUCAUUAGUUGCGAACACAAUCUGGCCAUCAAUAGACAGACCCGAAUGCUGGCCGACCUGACUCUUGUCGACUGCUAUAACAAGUCAUUCAUGAGCGCUAAGGAAAGGGAUGUAAUACUACUCGCGAGUGCCAAAGAGAACUUGAGACGAAUGGCAUUCUUCGGUCUCUGCGAACACCAAAAAAUAUCGCAAUAUUUAUUUGAAAUGAGUUUUCAUUUGAAUUUUUUGCAGCCAUUCGUUCAGUUGAACGAAACGCACAGUACGUUAACCUAUAGUCACCUAAAACCAGAUUUAGUGAACAAAAUUAAACGUCUGAAUCAUUUGGACAUUGAAUUGUAUGAAUUCGCCAAACAAUUACUUUACGAUAGGUUUAAGAAAAUGAAAAAUUCUGACCAAAACUUUGGCUUUAAUUACAAUAAUUUAGGAGUUAGUCAUCAAAUCAAUAGAAAUGAUGUCUCCGACAAGAAUAGCGCUAAAAUCGAUGACAUUCUGUCUGAUUAUCAUUACUAUUGA